AUGCAGAAGAUUCCUUACGCUUCGGCUGUGGGGAGUCUAAUGUAUGCUCAGGUAUGUACACGUCCGGAUAUUGCGUACAUUGUUGGCAUGUUAGGCAGAUAUCUAAGUAACCCUGGAAUGGAUCAUUGGAGAGCAGCCAAGAGGGUUCUGAGAUAUUUACAGAGAACAAAAGAGUACAUGCUUACAUAUAGGAGAUUGGAUCAGUUAGAGUUCAUUGGGUAUUCCGACUCUGACUUUGCUGGAUGCCAAGACAGCAGAAGAUCCACAUCAGGCUAUAUUUAUCUGUUGGCUGGUGGAGCAAUUUCAUGGAGGUCUGCCAAACAGACACUCGUAACUUCAUCCACCAUGGAAGCAGAGUUUGUAGCAUGUUAUGAGGCAUCCAAUCAAGGAAUAUGGCUACGAAAUUUUGUCACUGGGCUGCGUGUUCUGGAUGAAUAA